GAACGAAAUUAACCACACGUCACAUGAAGUCACAUCACUUUAGUGUCAGUGUAGUGUACAUAGUGCUGUGAGGUGUGUGUCGCCGAAUGUGACGAUUAAAAAGUCCUCACGAAAAAUAGCGUUUGUCAAGUGACCUUGUACUUCUCUCAACUAAGUGACUACCACGUAAUUUUAUAUUGCGCAAAGACACAUAACCUACAAUAUGUCAGACAACGCACAGGACGUCCUAAAGGAUGCGGCGACCGGCGCCGCCGCCGCUGCUGCUGCAGGGGGAUCAUUAUUUAGCACAUUUGAUAUUGUUGUGCUAGUAAUUUUAUUAGGAGGCACUAUUUGGUGGCUAUAUAACUCUAAGAAGGAAAAUAAAAAAGAUGAAAUACUUCUUAGUAAAUAUUCAAUUCAGGCUGCCGGAUCAAUCCAGGUUACAGAGAAUUCGUUCAUCAAUAAGUUAAAAUCAUCUGGCAGAAGUUUAGUGGUCUUCUAUGGGUCGCAAACAGGAACUGGGGAGGAGUUUGCUGGUCGUCUUGCCAAAGAGGGUAUACGGUAUAGGAUGAAGGGCAUGGUUGCCGACCCCGAAGAAUGCGAUAUGGAAGAACUCGUCAAACUUAAAGAAAUUCCGAAUUCUUUAGCUGUGUUCUGUAUGGCAACAUAUGGAGAAGGUGAUCCCACAGAUAAUUCUAUGGAAUUCUACGAAUGGGUGAAGAACGGGGAUCCCGAUUUAACUGGGUUAAACUACGCUGUAUUUGGUCUUGGCAACAAAACAUAUGAGCAUUAUAAUGCAGUGGCAAUAUAUCUAGACAAGCGCCUUCAAGAGCUUGGUGCUACGCAAGUUUAUGAACUUGGUCUAGGAGAUGAUGAUGCAAACAUUGAAGAUGAUUUUAUUACAUGGAAGGAAAAGUUUUGGCCUGCAGUAUGUGAGAAAUUCAACAUUGAGAGCACCGGUGAAGAGGAACUAACACGCCAGUUCCACCUUGUGACUCAUGCUCCAGAUGAAAUUCUGCCUACCAAUGUAUUCACUGGUGAAAUUGCAAGGUUACAUUCCUUGCAAGUACAGAGACCGCCUUAUGAUGCUAAGAAUCCGUUCUUAGCUCAGAUUACAGUCAACAGAGAAUUACACAAAGGUGGAGAUAGGUCUUGCAUUCAUGUGGAACUUGACAUUUCAGACUCUAAAAUGCGAUAUGAAGCAGGUGAUCAUGUUGCUGUAUAUCCAAUCAAUGACACCAAUUUGGUAGAACGCCUUGGCCAGUUAACAAAUGCUAAUCUUGAUGAAAUAUUCUCGCUCGUAAACACUGACCAAGAGAGCAGCAAGAAACAUCCAUUUCCUUGCCCAACAUCUUAUCGUACUGCACUUUCGCACUAUGUGGAGAUUACUGCGUUACCUCGCACUCACAUCCUAAGGGAAUUGGUGGAAUACUGUUCUGAGGAAGAAGAUAAGAAAAAAUUAAUGCUUAUGGCAACCAAUUCACAAGAAGGCAAGGCAAUGUACCAGUCAUUUAUUGUAGAGGCUUGCAGAAACAUAGUGCAUAUUUUAGAGGAUGUGCCAUCAUGCAAACCACCACUUGACCAUUUGUGUGAAUUAUUGCCUCGUCUGCAACCAAGAUAUUAUUCUAUUUCUUCUAGUCCGAAGCUGUAUCCUGAGACAGUACAUAUCACUGCAGUAGUUGUUCAGUACAAGACACCUACUGGUCGUUUGAACAAGGGUGUUACGACUACUUGGCUGGCAGAUAACAAACCGGAGCCUGGCAAACCUCUGCCGCGUGUUCCCGUUUUCAUCAGGAAGUCUCAAUUCAGGCUGCCUCUGCAAUCCCAAACUCCAAUUAUAAUGGUAGGCCCAGGCACAGGGCUAGCUCCCUUCCGAGGAUUCUUACAAGAACGCGCUCAUGCACGUGCUAAUGGCAAAGAAGUUGGCGACAACAUUCUGUACUUCGGAUGCAGGCACCGCGACCAAGACUACAUUUACCAAGACGAACUUGAAAAAUAUGAAGGAAACGGCGAUGUGAAACUAAACCUUGCGUUCUCUCGCGACCAGAAGGAGAAAAUUUAUGUGACACAUUUAUUAGAAAAGCGCAUGGAUGAACUAUGGGACGUCAUUGGUAAUCGUAACGGACACUUCUACAUCUGCGGUGACGCCAAGAACAUGGCUGUUGAUGUGAGAAAUAUCGUUCUGAGAGCCAUUCAAGAGAAGGGUGGUCGUUCGGAAUCGGAAGCCGUUCAGUUUAUCAAAAAACUUGAGUCCAUGAAGAAAUAUUCUGCUGAUGUAUGGAGUUAAAAUCAUUGCCUACAAUAUUAGUAGUCGAAUUUGUGAAAUUGUAGACAAUUUUCUGUUAUGACUUGUCAAAGUAAUGGUGAUUAUGUUAUAUUAUUAAUAGAUUGUGAUAUUUUUCGCACUGUUAGGCGCAAACGGUUUAGUUUGGACCUCUACAUCUAACAAAAAUAUUAAAGAAACAGAAAGUCAAACUCUUAAAGCAAACUCUACUAUAAACAAGGAAGUAUUAAAAUAAUAAUACAACAAAACAAUUCAAAUGUCAUACAUUACGUUUAAUAAUUUCAGAAUAUAAUUAUAGUAAUAACUAUAAAAUAUUGUAUAUGUUCAUAAAAAUUUCGUAAGAUAAAUAAUUUACAUUGACGCGUAACAGAAUCUUCUGAAGUGUGAGAAAAGAUCAAACCUUUUUUCUGCAGCAUCUGUAUUUUGUAUGAUCGGUGACUUGCCAGUGUCAAUUUGCAGUUUACUCGACGAUUUAAUCAUAUUUUCUUCUAAGGUUCUCUUAUCGGCCCUUAGGUUUAAAUAGUCUUUUUUACCAUUUCUUUUGUCGUCGCUUAAGGCAAUAACUGAAUUAAGAAUCACGCAAAUUCAACUGUCUAAGUAGGAUAAACUGUAUCAAUGAAGCAUUGAUGGCAUUGAUGCUAUUUGUAUGAUAGACGUGUAAACUCUGUUCUGCGGCAAUGUAUAUACUUUACAGAUACUUCUAAUGCCUGAGAUAUGAGCAUUUUAAUAAAAUAACGUGACUAUUCUUAAAACAAUUGAAAAUGAAUAAUUAAUUAACAGUCAGACAGGUAUGUAUUUUUUAUAAUCAGCUGAACUAAUUUAUAACCAAAAAUCUACCUAAAUAUGAAGUAUAUGUAUAACACAUAUUGAGAAAUAUGAACAUUCCACGAAACCCGAAUCGAAGUUAUACAUGUUUUCAGUUUGCUACUUUAUAACUUAAUAAUUUAUCCUGACAGUUAUCCGUCUGGGUGUCCAUCUACGUAAAAGCAGAAACUAUGUGUUUCAUUAUUUCUUUUUAUCACUGUAAUGGUACAAAAUGUUUAUAUCAACACAUUGACCUUCACUAUGCUUAGUUUCUACAUAUACCUACUAUUUAUUUUAGGAAAUUAUCGAUGUAGGAAGUACUACUUUAUUUAAUUGACGAUCAGGGUUAUUCUGUGCAUUAAGUCAUAACUGGGCUCUUUAUUUUUUUUCCAACACUUACUUUGUAAUUGCCGAUAGUGUGUUAUUUCAACACUUGUUAAUCAGUGCGAGAUAAUUUUAA